GAAAGAAGUGAUUGGUUCAGUCAUAUUCACAGCUGUGUUGUAGUAGUUUACCCUGUCGUUUUAGUCAGUCGUAGCACUUCGUCGCUCACUUCUUACGGGGCCACUACGGGAGCUGCCGAAGCAAAACCAUGGCUCGGGGUUUGCGAAUAGUCUUCAUUAUAUCCGUGGUUAUCACUUUACUCAUGUCGAUUGUUUUCCUUGGGGUUCGGGGAUCAAGCCGAUCUUCCACUGACCAGGAGCGGACGGCUAUUGCGUUCGCUGCGAUGACUCUCAUAGUACUAUUCGUAGCGGCCGUAAUGUUCAUCAUUUUGUUCUUCGCGUGCUCGGACAAAUACCGCGCAUUCAUGCUAGUGAUCCUUAUUCUCUGUGUGCUCGCAUUUUGCUUCCUAUGUAUCGCAACUGCAUGUGCGUAUGCACCAGCUAAGCCGGCGUACGGAGCAUGGGGGUUAUCCGGAGUGUGGACAUGUGUUAUAACCGUUGUUUGCGGGAUAUGCCUCUAUGUCGCGGAAGACUGAAUGCAAUGCAUCAAAUGAAAACUAAGAGGAAAUUAGUACUUGAUGUCUAAAACGAACCAAAAUGAUUGCAUCGUAAACAUCUUUUGGCUCUCCUGACUUACGAAAUUUGCUUCUGUUCUUUAUCCGUAACAUUCAUUCUAUGUAAAUCGUGUGCAAGAAGCAAGACCUCAUUUUCCUUAAUUUCAGCACAUUUAUUUUUCGCUGUUUAUUGGCCCAACAAAUAAACUUUCUACUCAUUA